UUUUCAAAGCUUUGUUGAAGGCCAACAUUUAGCAGUUUUACCCUGCCUUAAAAACGUAAAAACUCAUCCGGCAAAUGUCAUACUGUGGAGCUCUACUAACUGGACUCCAGUUUUCAGUCCAAACGCAUACUAUUCGAGUUUCACUUGAAUUUUCAAGCCGCCUAAUAACAGCUAAAGACAACAAGUCUAACUACAAAUUUGCUUUCAUGCAUUAAAAGAGAAAUCAAACCAUGUGUUAGAAUGGUUUGGCACUAGGUGAAUCAUCGGUUUUUUACUAUGUAAAAUAAAAGAUCGAGUGGUGGUCGUGAUGUAUAUAGUUCUGUACAUGAGCCUCAACACAUCAUGUCUAGUUUUUGAGAAUACUUUCCAAAGAUGACUCCUGCUCUUCAGGAAUUGCAUAAUUUUUUCACAGGUCCAGGUAGGCUAGUCUGACCGUCUAGAAUGAUUUUAUUGUGGUAUGGAGGGAUUUGUUACUUUCUCAAAUAUAACCGAAGGCAUAUAUUGUAGAGAUUAAGUGAGGUGUGACCACUUCUUGUUAGAUAGGUAGAAGAGUGAUGCCAAGACACUUCUUGAAGGUCGAUAGUCAAACAUUGUUGGAACGAAAUCCACACUUUCCAUUUGCAUGCUUUUGAGAUAGUCACAAUAUAGUAUUCCUCAAACACGGUGGCAAGGCUCAUGCCUUAAUAUGACUAAAAACUUUCUACGAAAAAUUAACCACAGUACCGACAGAACGAAUAGUUCACUGUUUCUCCCACAAGCUUGAGGUUUGAAUUUUAUUCAACUGUUUAUUUCGAAGGCGGCAGUACAAAUGACUCUCCAAAGCGGAAUACACGCUGACCCAUAUGAAGCAUCUAAAUUAGCAGACUGUAAAAGCCUGUCGUAUAGAGCUUUGAAGCUCAUUAUAGAUAAGGAAAAAAUAGUUUUGCUUAUGAAAAUACCGUCUAAAGGCUCUUGGGAAGAUGAUUUUGAUGUUGUGAUGGGGAAGCUUUUAGAUGCCAGCUCUCCGUGCUAUGUGUUUUAUCGUCUGGAUUCUGUCAACUCCUUCGGAAGCGACUGGAUUUUUAUAUGUUAUGUUCCUGAAAGUUCUGACGUGCGUCUAAAAACGAUAUACGCAGCCACCAAGGCAACGGUUCUUAAGCAGUUUGGAGAUAACCUGAUCAAGGAUGAUAUAACAAUAAACUGUGUAGGUGAAAUGAAUUUAAGGGCGUAUAAAAAAAUUAUGGAAAGUAAAACUGCCCCUGGACCUUAUACUGCAGCUGAAGUUGAGGUGGCUGGCAUCCACGCAGGAGAAGUGACAACUGGGCUGCAUUCCAACUAUCAAACAAUCGGUGGUGUUUCAUUCGCGCUUAGUCCUGAUUCUCGCUCCGAGUUGAAGAAUUUUAGUUCGGGAAAGUGUGAUUACGUUCAGUUAGUAAGUUUGGUCAAUGCAUAAAAUGUGUUAAGAUAGUUAAGAUUGGUCUACAUUUUAGUUGGGAUUUUAAACAUUGAAACGAAAUUAUGACAUACUUAACCUAUGGUAUGCAUUACGUAAUUUGUACUUUGUGGUGAAAAACGUUAGUUUAGGAGUGAUACUUGGGAAAACGAACAAUUAAAGUUACAUGAACCGUUCCGUGUAUGCACAUGUAAUCAGUCAUAACAUAUCACACGACCAUCUCUAUUUCAACUGAGGUAUUGCGUACUAGGAUUUGCAUUAAGAACCCAUUCGUUGGUUCUCAACAAAUAGAAUGGAUUCGGUAUGUAACCUUCUUAUCUAUUAGUGUAUGCCAUAAGUAAGACUUUAAAACCCCCUAUUUUGUAUGCUAAAUUGCUUAUUGAAGUCAUUUUGUCUAGUUGCUGGUUUUAAGCUAUGCUAAUAAAUAUGAUCUGUUAUUUUAAGAGAAGUGUACUCUAGUAUAAUUGAUGAUGUGGCGUUUUCGUUGUAUCAUCUCUCAAUUCACGACAUGUAGGUAGUACAUUCUGAUGACUUCUAUUGUAAUUAGCGGAUUAGAAAUGCUUCGGACGAAUAUUCAGGCAAUUACACUUCCGUAAAAAGUAAAAUAGUUUAUGUUUGACUAGUCACUGAGUUGACAGAGGUUUCAUUUUAACUAUUGGAAUCAUUGUAAAGUUCCGUUCUGUAUGUUUGAUGAUAUUUAGUUUUAUAAUUUUUCAUGCAUUUAAGAAGCAGAAACGAGAUGAUCUACGCGUAUAAAAGACCAACAACGGUUUGUCUAUACUGUAUUGCAUUUUAGUAAAAAUUCAUACCAUUCUACUUGUAAUUUGAAGCAACAGUGAUGCGUAUUGAAGAGCUCAUUUACCAGCCACAUCAGUUAGGUCACUAACCCUCUAAAUUAUCAGUUAUAAUCAACAUAGGGUGUGGAACAGGUAAGUAUCGAUCUAAAUUAACUAGGUAAUUUGGGAUAUGAGUAGUAUCAAUGACGUUUAAAAAAGGUUAAACAAAGAAUCUAGUUUGGCAAGAAGAGAUAAAAUUCAUUUUGCUUGUUCACAGUACCUAUACCUUUAGGUCUCCUUCUAAAUUCAAAUGUAAUCUUCAUGGGUAAAAUGAAAUGUUGAUACGUAAUACAUAAGCCUUAACCUAUUAUGGUUUAGUGGACUAUCUCCGAGAUAAUUCCCAACGUUUCGUACACUAAACGUCCUGAUAACCAUUAAUAAAUAAAUCUCAACGGUUAGUAUAUUUCAGAAGGCAACACGAAGUACCGACUACAGUUUGUUGUUGAAUAGCACAGAUCAAUAAACCACAAGUAUGCCAAACGAAAUCGAGCGAAAACGCUAAUAACAGCGAGCAAAUGCAGGGGCGGAUUAAGUGUUGAAUAAGGAAUCGUAUAAAAAGCCGAAUAAAUUAAUAAGAUCCAAGUAUAUAUAUAUAUAUAAUAUGCGAAAGUGAAUAAUUUAUCCAGCGAUUUAAGAAACUAAUACUUGGGCUAGGGAUAAGAAUGUGUAUAGGCUGUCACAUGUGAUUAGUCACACAUGUUCAUGGAGACAUAAUAAUAAUAAAAUCAAGACACGAAUUGUUGCUAUUCGAAUAACAUUAUUUAGUUAGUCAAAGGGCUUGAUAAAAUUAAACGUAAAGGAACUUAAGUGUUUUAGAGGUGUUAUAAUAGUAGUAGCUUUGAAGUUCUGUUAAAAGUAGUCUGACGACUUGCCAUUUUGUUGCGUAACCUGUCGUUUGUAAUUUUUGCCAGAAGUGUGAUAUUCUUAGUGAAACUAUCAAAGUUUGCGGGACUCGUGAACAUAUUACGCCAAAACAAAUAGCAGAAAUUUGUCCAGAAAAAGAAGGUCGUUAUCAUCUUUUUCGUUUCCGUCAUAUGUUUAAAGGUGAAGAACAUUCUGCUACCUGUAAGUUUAUCAUGAAUUUCAGUAAGCACUUUUUCGGAACUCCUUUAGGAAUUUUUCAUUAACGUUGCUUUUGUCAAGGUAUUCAAAAAUACUGUAUCCACUCUUAUCUAAUGAAGCAUCUAUGAUACUGGUCUCCUGAAUAUCCUGUACUGUUUCUCACUUUUUUAAUUUUCUGUCAGUCACUCAGCUACAGCGUAGGACCAGGCACAUAUAUACACCGGUCCAAGUUGCCAUACCUCAUUAGCACAACAAGAUGAACACCGAAUUCAUAGAAGUAGUUAAUUUAGUGGUGGUGAUAUAUAAAAGAAAGAUUGUAUAUAAGGAUAUAGUAUAGGAAAGAAGACAGAUAUAGAGCAGUUUAAGUCUCACGGUUUAACCAGUGUAUGCACCUACGCCAUUGUGAUCUAUUCUGAGCCAUGUCACACAGAGUCUCCAACCAUUGGUUACGAUAGUGACGUGGACUCCAACCAAGUAGUCUGCAUCUACCAACAUGACUCAGAAUAGAAGUUAGUCACCUCAGGCACUGAUGCCACGUUUUAGUUUGACCGCUCCUAACUCUCUUCCAACCAUCCCCAAUACUAGUCAGCAUUCCACGCUGUGGUAAUCGGUUUCAGGCAUACGUAACACGUGACCCAACCAUCUCAGUCGAUGAAGAUCCAUGACCUCAUCAACUUAUUUACCAUCAUUUCCUAAUACCAUGCGUCGAACCUCACUAUUACUUACCCGGUGAUCCCAGCAGAUGCUGUCAAUAUUUCUGAGGCAUCUGUGGUCAAAUAAUAGUAACUUAUGAGUAUCUUCUACUCUUAAUAGCCACGUUUCGCGGCUGUAAAGUAGAACAGAACGAACUUCUGUGCAGUAUACUCGUCCCUUAAUUGGUAGACGGAUAUCUCGUCUUCGCCAUAGGUGACGUAAGUUGUCAAAAGCCAAACGAGCUUUUUGAAUCCGUGCUGCGAUUUCGUCAGACACCAACCCAUCAGAGCUGAUCAGACUUCCAAGAUAAGUGAAGUUGUCGACGCGUUCGACUACUUCGUUCCCUAUUCUUAGUUCAGGUGUUGAUGCAGGCCAGUUGUGGAGUAACAAUUUACAUUUAGAUGGGGAGAAACGCAUUUCAAAUAUCCUUGCAUUGUUACUUAGUGCUAAUAGAAGACUCUGCAUUUUAUCAGCGUCUUCACUAAACAGGACUAUGUCAUCUGCGUAUUGUAAGUCAAUAAGUGGACCUCCUGGAAGGAGGUCAAUUUCUGACAAUUCAGUCGAUGAGAGUGUUAUUUCCAGCAGUUGGUCAAUGAUGAAGUUGAACAAAAAUGGGGAUAGUGGACAGCUAUGUCGGACACCACUUGAGGUUGUAAAAUCAGAUGAUAUUUCUCCAUAAGCUUUGACUCGACUGGUAGUGUUCGAGUGAAGAACCUUCACAAGGUUUAUUUACUUCUGAGGUACACCUUUCGAUGGUAGACACUGCCACAUAACCUCUCGGUCUACACAGUCAAAUGCUGCUUUUAAGUCAAGAAAAACUAUCAUCGUCGGACGACGAUAAGCAUGUCUGUGUUCUGAAACCUGACAAAUAGUGAAUAUGUUGUCGAUUCAGCCACGAUCAGGUCUGAAGUCAACUUAAUUUUCUCUUGUUUGCAGUUCACGAGUUUCAGACGUCCGAUAAUUAUUGAGGCUAGUAUUUUAGAUAUUAUAUUAGUCAAACUAAUCCCUCUAUGGUUGUCACAGAAUGUUUAUGAUCCUUUCUUAUAUAUUAGGACAAUCAGUGAUUGAGACCAACUUCCAUGUUUUAGUCGAUUUGAUACAGGGUACGUUCGUUGAACGCUCACACGUGUAGUUUGGAGCGAGGUUUCAGUAGACCUGGGACAGUGUUUUGCUAACUAGAAUCAUUAGCCAUGGUGACAUUUGAGGAAGCCGAAAGAGGAAGUUUAGUGUUUAAAGUCAAGGUGUGAGGAAUAAUAGGAACUGAAGAAGGAGAUUGAUUAUGAAUACAAUGAUCUUAAGUGCUGUUGUAGGUAUGAGGGCAGUUAUCACUUCCCUGUUGCUCACACCGUGGAAGGGUUCUUCACGCGACCUUUUUGUCAAUAAUUUUCAUGUUAGCUCCGUACUUGUUGGGACCUUACGGCCCGAGACGGAUGUCCGUGGGAUAAGGCGAGGUGUGCAUUUCUAGGGUCGACCUUUUCUAACCCCACCCUCCUUGUGGGAAGGCAGCAUCGCUGUUAUGCCGGUUGUUUGAGAGAAACACCUUACUGUCGUCACACCUUUGUAUAGUCAGUAGUGCGACCUUGCCUUCGGACCUUGGGUUUGUUGCUUUUAGUCUAACUGCUCUUCAGCCAACCUGUCUGGCAUGGUAGGACUUUGAGGAACGAUUGUUCCAGCCAGUAUAGACUGAUUGGUUUGUCACAAUAGGCACGCUUGAUCACCACGUCAAGGUAGCAGCAACGGUCGGGUACAUUUUCUGACUCACAUCUGUUCUUUUUCUAAAAGUCGAAAUGUCACAAAAUAACACCAUUGUACUAUCGAUCAAACGUACUUGUUUCAACCUUUUUUUGAGUUACGUGCUUGAUAGGGCUGAUAAGUAAAUACCGAAAAUAGUAUUAGCUAAAGUAUCUGGACUUUAAGAUUUGGAUAUUCUGUCUGAAAUACAGUCAGACAUGAAUGUACAGAUCUAAAUGAUGUCAUGUUACUAUUUCUAUCAGUAUAUGAGGCAAGUAAGCACAACUGGACAAAAUAUCAUAAUGAACAGUCAUUUCAAUCGGUUUAAGUGAAUCGAAAAAUUCUACUUUGAGUUUAUCAUACUCAAGUUUUCAUUCUCCAUUAACAUAGAUUUUAAUUAGCAGUUGUAAUUGGAUAAGGAUAACUUGAACUAUGCUAACAAGAGGUCCGGCUGUGAAUGUGAUAGUCGACAACCUAUUCUUAAUCAAUAAGUGGCAAUAAUUGCAUCCUAAGCGGUUUCAGCCUGGUAAUUCGGUCAAUACCGUCGAGAUCCUGGUAUAAUUAGUUUAGGAUGCUAUUAUUUGGAUAUAUUGACCUAUCUGCUGCAAUUUUUCGCAGUUUUUGAUAGUGAAUUUUCUUCCCAGAAAACUUUGUAUUUUCUUUUCUGUUUCAGUUUUUAUUCAUACAAUUUCUGGCAAUCAAAGCCCAAUAAAAAGUCGAAUGUUGUAUUCUAGUUGCAAGGCAGCUUUACUUACUCGGUUGGAACGUGAAUUUGAAAUAACCUUUGAUCAUAGAGUAAGCUUGAAAUUGAUGAAAUCGAUGAACUAACUACACAAUAUUUAAUGGAUAUUUUAUAUCCUAAACAAGAAGUAAAACAGUUUAUAUUCCAAAAACCCCAAGGUCCUAUGGGACGUCGUCCUAGAACACAUAUACAUUAAUAUUUAUUUUUGGAUUUUAUCAUUAAUUAUAACAUAUUCUUAUAAUUAUUACUACUUCAUUGCCUUCUAUAUCAUGAAUUUCAUUGAUUUAUUCACUUCAAAAUAUAUUGAUAUACAUACUUUCUCGAUUUGAUAAUUAUCUAGUUUUUCAUUAUUCUUUUAUAUUUUUGUUAAAUUAAAAGAGUGUGAGAAGAUUAACUUCACUGCUGAAUCUGUACAUCGUAUAUAUACAUAUAUCGGUUUUGUUUCUGUUGUACAACCACACACAUUCGUUAAAUCGUAUAAAGUUCCCUUAGUAAAAUGGAAUAAUUUCUCCUCAUAUAUCUCGUCUUUAUUCAUGUUUGUAGAUUGGUUCAACUUAAUACAUUGUCUUAUCACAUUGUUUUAAUGAAAACGAGUGAAAUUCUACUCAUUUUUCUUUUCAAUUCAUGUAAUAGUAUUAUCAAUAAACAGUCGAAAAUGUUUACCGAUGCGGUUCCUCAUAUAAUAGAUAUAUAUGUACUUUAUUUUCAUUCCUGAUUAUUUGUUUAGAUACAGCUGUUGUCUCUGUUACUUUCCUUUUUAUUAUCUUUUUCUCUUAUAAAGACUUGCUACCUACUACUUUGUAUAAUGUAUGUAUUCAUUUUAUUACAUAUAUGUUUAGCACAUAUUUCGUUUUUUAUGAUCACAUUUUUCAAAAAAAAGUUUUAAACUUAAUAUAAAAAUGAUUUAUUUAUUACAAAUUGAUAUUAGCUGAUGAAUAGGGAGUAUUAAAAAUCAGAUUGCAUUGACAUAGUUGUCCCAUCGUAAUUUGGGAUUCUUCAACAGUAUGCACUUAUAUCUCAAGCCCCGAAGAUUAUAUAGAGGCUUUUCCAUAAAUUCCUUUUAUUUAUAGCUACUUUUAGUGGAUAUAGUCAUGGGAUAAAAAGUGUGUCUUCAUAAACAGUAAUCUUAUUUUAACUGUGUCUAAUUUUUUAUACAUUUUAGUUUAGUAAUAUUUACACAGAAAUGGUAUGGUCUUCUUUUUUGACAUCAAAUUACGUUUUAUUUAUGUUUGAAAAUUUAACAUUGAAUAAGUAAGUGGACUAUUGUAUGCGUAUAUGAUAGCGGGUCAGUGAUUUCACCGCUAAAAUUACAUAUUGUGGUCUUACAGAAAUUAAAUCUAACCUCUUAUUUUAAAUUACUCAGUCUAAUAAAUUUGUUGGACUCUCAUAAUAAACGUGGUACGACUGAAAGCUUGAGUCGGUGUAUGGUUGUAGCAUAUAAUGUAGAAUGCAUAAAAUAACUCACAUUUUAGUUGUGUACGUAGAAAAUCAACUUAGCUAUUCCGUUUCAUACUAUACGAAGCUAAAAUGAUACCAUACAAUUUAUGUAAUGUAAUCUACAGUUAAAGAGUUUAAUAUGUGUAUGGACUGAUUGUUGUAAUUUCCAUAUGAAUACUUUUGUUUCAUAUUCGAUUAACAGUAUUUUUAAGGAUUUAUGAACAAUAAAUAUAUUUAACAGUGAAGAAAUGCCAUUUCAUAAUUGAUUCUGUAUGUUCCAAACAUAACAGAUAUAGACAACAAAUCUACAAGUUCCUGUUAACUACCAUUAUACAGUCAACAGUUGGAUUUUUCUCACCAAUUCUUUAGUACUUAAAUAACAUGUUAACGAACUUUUAUCACUGAGUUACACUAUUUACAUUUGAUUAAUCAAUUGACUCACGCUUUCAACU